AUGAAGAUCACCUUGGGGUUUAAGGGCUGCCGGAGUUGGAAAGUGUCCUGGGAGAGGGCCACCGAGGGGCCGCAGGGAGGCAGCGCCGCCGCUCUCCGGCUCCCGCUCCGGCUCCCGCUCCCCAGCAGGAGCGUCUCCAGUUCGAAGUGGGGCCGUGGCUCGCAGCUCUCGCUCUCCCUCCCUCUAUGUAUCUCCGCCCGCACCAGAGCACACCCGGACUGCGCCCGGCCCAAUCCCAGCAGCCGCUCGGGCGCCAGGCAGCCGGCCCUGCGCGCUGCUAUGGAGCAGACUUACGGAGAAGUGAACCAACUGGGCGGUGUUUUCGUCAAUGGGAGACCUCUGCCCAAUGCAAUCCGACUUCGAAUCGUGGAACUGGCCCAGCUCGGCAUCAGACCGUGCGAUAUCAGCAGACAGCUCCGAGUGUCUCACGGUUGUGUGAGUAAAAUCCUGGCAAGGUACAACGAGACCGGUUCCAUCCUCCCAGGAGCGAUCGGAGGAAGCAAGCCCCGGGUCACAACUCCGAAUGUGGUGAAGCACAUCAGGGACUACAAACAAGGGGAUCCGGGCAUCUUCGCCUGGGAAAUUAGGGACAGACUCCUGGCCGAUGGGGUCUGCGACAAAUACAACGUGCCUUCGGUCAGCUCCAUCAGCAGGAUCUUGAGGAAUAAAAUUGGGAACCUGUCCCAGCCCAACCCUUACGAAGCCACCAAGCAACCUCCCCCACAACCGGCACUGCCUUACAAUCAUAUUUACCAGUACCCUUACCCCAACCCCAUGUCACCCACUGGGACCAAGAUGGGAAACCAUCCCGGAGUUCCUGUCUCCGCGGGACACGUCAGUAUCCCCAGGUCCUGGCCCUCUGCUCACUCAGUCAGCAACAUUCUGGGCAUUCGAACUUUUAUGGAGCAAACAGGGGCACUGUCAGGAACCGAGGGCUCUGCCUACUCCCCCAAAAUGGAAGACUGGGCCGGUGUGAAUAGGACGGGUUUCCCGGCCACACAAGCAGUAAACGGAAUUGACAAAGCGGUUAUGGAAGCAGACAUCAAAUAUCCACAGCCCACUCCGAGUCUUUCCACUGUGGGCAGCUUCCUCCCAGCUUGCGCCUAUCCAUCCUCCAACCAGCACGGAGUGUACGGCGGGCCUGGAGGCGGCUAUCUCACUCCGGGCCAUCCUUGGCCCGCGCAAGGCAGUCCCCUGGCUCACCACGGACCCGGUGUGACCGUGCACGGGGGAGAUCUCGCCACGGCCAUGGCGUUCAAACAUCCCAGCCGAGAAGUGGCAGAUCGAAAACCUUCCAGCCCAGUCGGCAAACCCCAAGACACUCUUAAUAGCCUACACGGACUGUCUAUCCCGGCUUCGUCUUCCUAG